CUUAAUUUGAAUUACCACGUAUAAACAUUGCUGAGAUGAGUAUAUACUUAACUUGAUGAUUUACUUAAGAAUUUGCCACGAACCGAAUUUUACAACGUCAUAGAAUUAUACAUCAUAAUUCCAAAUCAUCAUGUUUUGAUAAAAUGAGCCAUUUGAAUUUAUGGAAAUUGACCUAGGCAUAUAUUAUGAUACAUGUUAAUGGUAUUAUAUUUAUCUCAAGAAUUUGGACUUAGUAGUUGAGGCGACUUAGUAAAUCUUGUAUGGGCUGGACGUCCUCUCUUCUUCAAAACAGUUCAUUAAGUCGAUCAUCAAAUGUUGAGAUUCUAUCCUUGUUAAUGCCUCAUGGUUAAAGAGCGAAUGCCACGAAUCCAUCUACUAAGAAAUGGCCAAUUUAGGUCAUGGACACGAUUUCGUUUGUGCAUAUUUAUUCUUGUGGUGUUCUUUCUCACCAAUAUUGCAUUUGGAAUCAUGUGGCUCUAUCGUGAACCAGUCGUCCAAGAAUCGCUGGCGAAGAAGAAAAAUGACAUUUACAAGAAUGCCGUGGAGUCUCACCCUCCUCGUCUAGAUAUACUCACGGAAUUCAAAGGGACAUCAGAAGAGCUCUGUUCAAAGCUAAGAAGUGGUUACAGAGGUAUAACAUCGGUGGAAUAUUCAGAUUCAGGAAACUCGGAAGAAGACACUAUAGUAUUUACUUAUCUGAAGACAUCAUUUCCUAAAGAAAUUGAUUUUUCAAAACUGAAACCUAAGAAUGAGGUUUUUACAAAAGGAAAUGGCUAUGUGGAGGUUUAUGACCGUUACUGGGAACAAUUAACGAUGAAUUUGCGUAGCUUUAUAGCUUUGGCAGGUCAAGCAAAGAUCGGAGGAAAAAGAGUUGUUGAACCCAAGGUGAAGAGUUCUGUAUUUGGAGACAGAAAUGGCAUGCCUUUAGGGACCUAUUUCUACAUGAAGCACUUCAAUGAGAUAUUAGCUGCCAGUAACUAUGCAACCAUAGCCACGCAUGACGAAUACCGGGCUGAAUGUCCAUCGGAUGACCCUGAACACGUGAACAUUCAUUUUCUUUAUUCACAGAAAGGUGAAAGCUUUACUAGAGCAAAACUGAAAUUAAAUGACAAGGAGUAUGAUGAAAUAAGCGCAAAAGCGAGAAAAACAGGCUGGACGGUCUGUCCGAAGCUGAAGAAUUUCAUUCAAGACUAUUCAAAGGGAAAGCAAAUUUGUGUUAAUACAGAGAUGUAUAAAAACUGGACAAAAUUGGAGAAAGACGUCAUUCGAGGUGCAAAAUGUGUAACAAUUGGUCAUUGGCGGGGAAUCGGUGGAAAUUAUCGCACACACUUUAGUGAACAGAAUUUUAAGAUAAAGGCUCGAGAUAUUCAGUAUGCUUUAAAAGUACCUUCGAGUAUCUUAAAUGAGGCAAAUGAAUUUGAAAAUAGUAAGAUCCGUGGACAAUAUAUCGCAGUUCAGGUACGCGGUGAACGUGUUGUUAUUCCUCAUGAUCUUCCAAGACUUCGUAGCUGUUUGCGUCUUCUUUCUGAGACCGUAAAUGCACUAAAAAAGUUGAAUGAUAUUGAUAAAGUCUUCGUUGCAUCAGAUAUGUCCUCUUAUGGAUCAGGAUCAUGGGAAGAUUCCCUCAAAAAAGAAUUGCAUAACGAGAACACCUUGAGUGAUAUUCAUGACUUUCUCAUAUCAAGUAUCGACGGCAUUGAAUACAAGCCGACACGGAAAAAUUUGGAUCAAGGUGUCGUAGCACUCACUGAAAUGACUAUUAUAUCUCGAGGACGGUAUCUCUUGACGAUAGGCAGCGGUUCUUUUCAAGAAUGGACAAAAGCUAAAUUUCUCGAGCAUCAUCGACAUGACACGACUAACUGGUCUCUUAUAACCAUGUGUUCAAAAUAAAAUCAAAAACACAGGUAACAAAAAUGUUUCUUGCAGAUAUAUGGUUCAAGGAUGUGUCGAAUAAGUAUAUGAUGUUAAGAGAUAUACAUUGAUAAAAUAUUUUUUAUGUUAUAUAGUGGUUUAAAUAUUCAAGUUUUUUGCAAUUACAGGUGUUGUAAAAAUUUCAUUAAUCAAAAAAUCAUAAUAAUGUUUGAAUUAAAAUUAUAAUAAUAAUUGUUCUAA